AUGGGUGUGGAAAAAACGAGGUCGGACAACCGUGUCCAAUUCCGCCUUGAUCAUAGACUUGUUCUCUCUUUUGCACCUCUUGCUAUCAUUGCUCUGUUCUCUUCUUUGGAGGGAACCUCAAUAUCAGUGGCACUACCGGCUAUCGCAAGAAGCCUUAAUGGCUCCGCAAUCGAGGCAUUUUGGUCUGGAACGUCCUUCUUGCUAUGCUCAACAGUUUUCCAACCCAUAAUCGGCUCGUUAUCGGACAUCUUUGGAAGAAAGCCAUUGCUGUACGCCUCAUUGGCCUUUUUUCUUUUGGGCUCCGCCCUUGGAGGAAGCGCAUUGAACAUGACCUGGCUCCUCUGCGCACGCUCCAUUCAAGGCCUUGGUGGUGGUGGAGUCCUGGCUCUCACGGAAAUAGUAAUCACAGAUCUUGUGCCAUUGCGCUUUCGCGGCCAUUACUUUGGGAUUCUUUCGUCAAUGCUGUGCAUUGGCUCUGUGACAGGCCCUAUCAUGGGUGGUGGUUUUAUCCAAUCACUGAACUGGCGGUGGAUAUUCUAUAUCACCUUACCUUUUAUUGGCGGUGCGAUUGUCCUGGUAUUUCUCUUCCUUGAUGUCCAACAGCCUACGAAGAAGACAUUGAAAGGACAGCUCCAGCAGAUCGAUUACGUUGGAACCACACUCUUCGUUGGAAGUAUGACUUCGUUCUUAAUGCCAGUGACCUGGGGGGGAAUCAUGUAUAGUUGGGCCUCCUUCCACACUGUAGUUCCCCUCCUCAUAGGAACCGUUGGCUUGGUUAUCUGUGCAGUGUAUGCAUGGCGAUUUGCUGCGCACCCCACGAUCCCACCAGUCCUAUUCCAAUCGCCUACCACGGUAGUGAGCUAUGUCGCCACGGUCAUCCAUGGGCUAACGAUUUGGUGUGUGCUAUAUUACUUUCCCCUUUACUUCGAAGCCGUCAAGGGAUACAGCCCACUGCUUUCGGGGGUUGCUCUUCUGCCAUUCUCGUUCACAGCAGCACCCAGUGCAGUCGUCGUGGGUAUUUUGAUCACUAUCACCGGUCGAUAUCGCUGGUCUAUGUGGGUGGGUGGGGCCUUGGCCACACUGGGGAUAGCUCUGCUAUGCAUUCUAAAGGCUCAGACCAGUGUCGCCGGCUGGGUCCUGCUUAUGCUCCCAGCUGGGUUCGGGGCGGGUGCGCUUUUCCCUGCACUACUGUUCGGCAUUCAAGCCUCAGCUCACCCAAACCACAUUCCCAUCGCGGUGGCAAUGUCUAGCUUUUUCCGAGCAUGCGGGCAAACUCUUGGUGUGGCAAUUGGUGGUGUCGUUUUCCAAAAUCGAAUGCGAGAGAAUCUGCUGCGCUUCCCGAAACUCGCGCCUUAUGCUGACGACUACAGCAAGGACGCUGCGGUGCUUGUCCAGAUUAUUCAGAUAAUGCCGGAUGGGGACGAUAAGCAGUCCCUCAGAAUUGCAUACACUGAUAGUCUGCGCGUGGUCUGGAUCCUGUGCACCGCGCUCACUGCAGGGUCAGCCCUUCUGACCCUUUUCGCCAAAGAAUACACCAUGGACGAGGGGGAGCCGAACCGUGAGGAAUUGAACUCCAGCUCCAGCACCUGA